UAGCAGCAUAUUGGGAUUCCGUUAUCAGAUUGUUUUACUUUAUCUUUAUUGGUUUUUCAAAAAUAACCUCGUUAAUUUCUCUCUAAAACUUAGUGAAUAAGGAUUUUUGUGAAAUUAAAGCUUGCUAGUGUGAGCAUUCAUUAUGGGACUGGUUUGCUCAACUGCACAGCUUGCCUGCCUCUGUGGCAGUACAGCUUGCAGCUUUUGCUGUUCACAAUGUCCAUCAUGUCGCAACAGUACAAGUACUGUAAUUAUGUAUGCUUUAAUGUUAAUGUUAGGUACAAUAGCUGCUUGUAUUACUUUAGCACCAGGCCUUCAAGAAUCUUUAAAAAAGGUUCCUUUUUGUACAAACAGUACUAAUUAUAUUCCUAAUUCAUUCACAAUUGAUUGUCAAUCUGCAGUUGGAUACUUAGCCGUUUAUAGAAUAUGUUUUAUUAUGUCCAUUUUCUUUUUCCUUAUGUCAAUUAUUAUGCUUCGCGUUAAAAGUACAAAAGAUCCUAGAGCUGGUAUACAAAAUGGAUUCUGGGCUUUUAAAUAUCUUUUACUUAUUGGUGGUAUGAUUGGAGCGUUCUUUAUACCAGAAGGAUCAUUUGGUCCUACUUGGAUGUACUUUGGAAUGAUUGGUGGCUUCAUGUUUAUAUUAAUUCAAAUAUAUUUGAUUAAUAUGUUUGCUCAUUUUUGGGCUGCCAGUUGGGUACAAAAGUAUCAAGAAACAGAAUCAAAGGGCCGGUAUGCAGCUCUUCUUGGAUGUACUCUAUUAAAUUACGUUCUGUCUUUUACCGGUAUAGUUCUUCUUUAUGUUUAUUUCACCAAGGUUGAUGAUUGCUCAUUGAAUAAAUUUUUCAUUUCGUUUAAUUUGAUUUUAUGUCUUAUUAUUAGUGCAAUCUCAAUCUUACCAAAAGUUCAGGAACGCCAACCUCAUAGUGGUUUAUUGCAAUCUUCUGUUUUAUCAUUGUACAUUGUCUACCUAACAUGGAGUGGUAUUUCAAAUAGUCCAGAUCGUGAGUGUAAUCCUGGAUUGUUGGGAAUUAUUGCUGGUAAUGAUGUUACUGCUCAAAAUCAAAUGGCUUUCGAUAAGGAAAGCAUUAUUGAAUUGGUUAUUUGGUUCAGUUCUAUUUUAUACAAUUGUCUUCGUAUAGCAUUAAAAUUUGAUACAAAAAAAGAUCAAGAUAAUGGAGCUGGUGACCAGUCUCUUAUUGAUAAUGAAGUUGAGGGUCGCAAUGGAGAUGCAGAAGAUGGCAGCGCUAAAGUCUGGGACAAUGAAGAAGAUGGAGUUGUUUAUAAUUGGAGUUUCUUCCACUUCAUGUUUGCACUUGCUACAUUAUAUGUUAUGAUGACCCUUACCAAUUGGUAUAAACCAAAUUCUUCAUCGCUAGAAACAUUAAAUUCUAAUGCUGCUUCAAUGUGGGUUAAAAUUAUCUCAUCCUGGGUAUGUACGGGACUGUACACAUGGCCAUUAAUUGCACCAAUUAUUUUUACGAAUCGAGACUUCUCAUAAGUUUAUAAAUUUGUUUUCUACA